UGAUUAUUUUAAUUUCACAAGAGGUGAUUGAUUCAUUUGAAUCUUAACUAGUGUGUAGGUUAGUUGCUGGAAGAUAGAUACUGAUAUUUCAGUCUUGAUUUGUCUAAAUUCAUUACACUUGUAACUUUCUAUAAAAACAUUUCUGUAACCACCAAGGCAGCUUCCAGUAGCCCUAGUAACUUAUUAAUUAUACAAACAAAACAAAACACACAGAAUGAAAGUGUUAGAGAAAUAAGUGAUGCUAGAAGUCUUUCUUAUCUGUUUGUUUUCUAUUUCAAACCUAUUGAAGAUUGCACAGCUCUGAAAAAAAAGUUGCAGGUCAUGUAAAUCUAUUCCAGUUCAAUUUCUUAAUUAAGAUACACUACUUUUCACAUCUAAAAAUUAAUUAAAACUCUAAAUGUCAUUAAUCAUCAAUGCAGCAGAGUGUUGGUGGAACAGCUGAUAUGUGUUCAGAAUCACAAGGGAUUGCAUAGCAGCAUAACAUUCAUAGUUAGGAAGGGUGAAUUGCAAAUAUGCAACAGUGUGGUUUUAACUGAUAUCAGCUUUGACAUUAUUCUCUGGCACCUCUAAUGCCAUGGAUGAACAGGCUGUUUAUUUUAGCUUAGCUGCAAUACAACAGGCCACAUACAUGGAAGAGUAGGUCAGGUGUUACUAUAAGAUGAGCUUUCUCAAAUGUCACAUAACAGCAGGACUUCCAUGACAAGUCAGGUGGAAUUCUUAGAAAGAAUUCCAUGUGAAAAACUUAAAUAUAGAUAUGUCAUGGAAGAGCCUUUGAAAUACCUUUGAAAUUCUAGUUGUCCUGGGAAAUGUAUUUGCUGUUUCUUGCAAAAGGUAUAGGCAUUUUUAAACAUUGUGCUGUAAGGAUUAAUACACAUUUGUACAUGCCCCAGCAGGUGGCAGCUAACUAGAAUAAGAUUCAUUUUCACUGGGAAAAUGGAAGACUAAAAUUGCUUCUCAAGUAAUAGUGCCCAAGAAUAAGAGGUCAUUAGUGUCAGUAAAUAUAAAAAUAGAGUGAAAGAUGAAGCUAAUGGCUUUUUGUUGUUGUUGUUGGAACAAGUUCUGCAUGAACAUGAAAUGUAUUUUGUUCUUUGCUAAUUUAUCAUAAGCUUGAUAUCUCUUCAUGUCAGCCUUCUGUGUGGUUUUUAAAUUUUUUUGAGGCUUACUUUUAGACAGAGCUCCUCUGUGUGUGUGCAUAUGUGUGUGUGUUUGCAGUUUGUCAUCUCUGCUUUGACCUUGGAAACUACAGAGCUUUGGCCCCUAGAAAUAAAGGUUACCAUAUGGUUAAAAUGAAAAAAAAAAAGAGAGAAAAUAAAGGAAAUGAAACUAUGGAAUAAGGUGUGUAAAUCUCACUAUUACUAAACAUAUAUGAUCGCUUGACACCAAAUAAUAUUUCGUGUUUUUUUUUUUCCUCUUUGAGAAAGGAGCAAAUUACUAAUUUACAAAGAGUUAAAUCUGGUCACUGAAUACUAUAUAAAAACUGUAUCAAUCCUUCAUAUAGCUCUAGAACCAUGAUAUAUGCUAUAAGUAUUGUAGAGAAAUUGUAAUAACUUCAGUAUUGCCUUAUUAUGUAAAGCAUCUUCCACACCACCAAAUCAUUCUGUUCUACUAUUGCGAGAUGAUUUUAGUGGUUUUGUUGUUGUUUGUGCCCUGGGAGUGAGUGGGGUUUAAUGAGGAAGAUUGAGAAUUAAUUUGAUCAACCUUGUAACAGAUGGAAAUCUGGAGGUGGAGAAUUCUAAAGCAAUAACUAAUUGUACCUUUUAGAAAUGUCUUUAGCCACUGAACAUUGACAGCAUUAUUCACUAUUUUGAAUUCUUUAUGGUCUUUCAGGAAAUUUUGUACUUAGAAUCAAGUAGUUUAGUGCUCAUGAGGGAACUCACAGUUAAUGUAAGUGGCUUUUGUAGUAGUAUGCCCUGGAAAGGGAUGGCUAUUAGCACAUCCUGGUUAUACUAAGCAAUCCCAGUUAAGUCACACUGAAAUACACACACAACACAGUUGACAAAAUAGUCCUCUUGACAAUGUGAACAAUAUAAUAAUUCAAACUCCCAGAAUCUGUAAUAGUAGAAAUAUGCACAUUGACACUUCAAAUGGCACAUUACUCAUUCAAUGUACAACUUUCAAUGCUCUGCCCCAGAAUAAAUCUAUGUCUGGAGCGCUGUCCGCGGUACUGAAGAAAGGUUGUCUCCUGUCUUGCAGAAGUUCAAUUGGACAGGUGCGGUUGCUGUCUGUGGUGUUGAAGACUUUUGGAUUAGUUGAUGGAUGUAAAUGAACAUAAUUUAGCAUAUGUGCAAAACUGGUUCUUUGGGGACCAAUUAAUAGUAAGAAAAUUUUGUGAUAGGCUUUUUUACUGUUUAAUUUACUGUGUAAGAACUUCAUGAAUCUGGAAGCUUGAUCUUUCAGUUUUCAACUAGACACCCAAUAAAUAAUCUCACAAAAAACUAGUUAGUUUAGAAUGCUAGUUCUAAGUAUAAAACUUACAACUGUAAUGUCAAAUGUCAUCAUGUUAACAGAAUACAUGAACAAGGAGUUAUAGUACAUUUUGUUUUCUGAAGUUCUGUUAAAUGCCAACUACACUGCAAAACUGCAGUAUUUUGAUUAGUCAAAACAGAACAUGCUAUUUUCAGAUAGUGGAUAUCUAUUACAUUGACAGAUGAAAAAGAUAAGACUAUAUAUUUUUGCUCUGGCAGUCAUUAUUAUCUCUGCUAGGAUCAAAAAGAAAAAGAACAAAUAGGAUGGAACAAAUGAGACAGCAAAUACAAGACAGAACAUGUUGAGCUGUACAUGUUUUACAAGAGAUAUUUUAAAUAUGGACUGAAGGAGUCGCUAGAUACCCUUGGUUUUACCACAAGGUGUUCCUUUUAAAGUGCUCAAAUAGUCAAAUUAUUUGAUUGAAUUGCCUGCUACACUGCAGAACUAGCCAUUCGUGAUGCUUAUUUUUGACACUGCAGUUAUGCCUCCAUCUUAAAAAAAAAAUUGUCUACUUAAUGCUUUUACAAAAUGUAGGUUUAUUUUCAAAUCAGCAUUUUAUAAUAUUUUAAGAAAAAAAUAGAUUCUAAAAAAUCACCAUGAUGGACUAAAUAUAUUACACUGUUUUCUUGCUAUCUGGAAGAAAUAGUACCCAUAUCACUCCUUUAAAACUUAGAUAUUCAUCAAAUAUGAUAUGAUCUUACAGUUUUUUCAUCAGGUUUAACCUCUGCUCUGUUAGUUGAUUAUGAAAAAAUGAUUAAUUUUAAGAUACAGGCCCAGCAAUUUGCCUUUUGUUUUUCCUGUUCACUUAAAAAUAUAGUAAUAUAGUUAUCACUAUCCAUCUUGGUUUCACUUACUAAUGUAAAAUAUUAGGAUUGGAUAUUUUUACCUAUACGCAUGAAGGACAGCAUAUUACCUAGUUCAAUAAUAAAAUAUAUUCUAUGUUAAACAAAUAUAUAUUUCUGUACCUUUUUUCUUGAAUAAAUUGGUAUUUGUGGAAGCCAAAACCAUCACUGUCUGUGGACUCUGAAUAUUCUGAGCAGAACACUAGAAAAUAAUAAGGUAUUUUUAGACAAAACUGUGACACUCAGUGUUGCUCAGGCUAUGAUCCCAUAUUUCACCUUUUCAAGAAAAAGAUAUUCAGAAAACCAAAAUGAGAAGAAAUAUGGGCAUAAAUUAUUGAAGUCUUUGGAGUUUGCUGCACCAAUUCAAACAUUAUUGUCUUUUAAUAUAUGCACAAGUAUUUUAGAUAAGCUUAAAAAUGGAUGAGAAAAUAUAAUUCCUUUAUUUUAAUUCAACAUUUUUCUCUCUAAAAUGCUACUUGCAGAAAUCUUAUUUCUGGGUAGUAGUCAAGGAAUGUCCCACUAAAGUUUUUAAAGACUUUAUGUCUCCGGUUACACUUUAAUCUGUAUUAAUUCCUGGGCAAAAAUUUCAAAGUAUUAAAAGACCCUCUUUUAGCCUAAAAACAAACUACAUUUGCAAUAAAUCAUUUGGUCUUAGAGACCACUUCCUUUUUUUACAACUCCUAAGCAAAGAGACUUUGACUUAGCUUGUCAUUUAUUAAAAUUCAUCUGUUGAUGUAGGGAGUCCACUUGCAUACGUCAGUCACUAUCUUAGUAAAGUCUCUUGGUGAAAAUAAAAACACUUUUUUUCCCACAUAAAUCCGAUUUCCUUGCAACUCAAGGUGGGCGAUCAAAUCGGUUGCAUAAUAGAUAUUGGGAAGCUCACUGGCAGAGAGCCUUAAGAGGCAAGCAGCUAUCUCAAUUUUUCUCACUUAAUCUUGGCUUCACGUCAGAAGCUGUGCAGCAGUGCAGUAGAAUAGGGCCUGGCAAAACCUUUGCGAGCAAAGCGCCUUUUGUGCUGGGACUGUGGCUCGCUACCGACGCUUUGGCCGUUUCCAAGGCUGGAUUUCCUAUUGAUUUUCCUCCUCCUUUGCUUCCCCAGGCUCGCGCGGCCGGACAUUGUGGGUGUGCGUGCUGAAUUUCUCCCGGAUGCUCCCCGACUAACAUGGAUGUCCCACCAUCCCUUGCAGUGGAAGGUUGCUCCUUGGCGCAGUGAGUGAAGAACAUGCAGCGAUUGCUAAUGGGUUUGGGAAGCGGAGACUCCUUCCUCUCUCUGUGACCAUGCCGUGAUCGCGUCUGCGGCCACCACUCGACGCAUCCUCAUUCCGACCCGUACCGGGAGCCUAACGCUAGAUCGGGGAAGUGGGUGCCGCGCGUGUGUACACAGAAACACCAUGAAGAUUAUUUCCCCGAUUCUAAGUAAUCCAGUCUUCAAGCGCACCAUUAAACUCCUGCUCUGCUUACUGUGGAUUGGAUAUUCUCAAGGAACCACGCAUGUAUUAAGAUUUGGUGGUAUUUUUGAAUAUGUGGAAUCUGGCCCAAUGGGAGCUGAGGAACUUGCGUUCAGAUUUGCUGUGAACACAAUCAACAGAAAUAGAACGUUGUUGCCCAAUACCACGCUAACCUAUGAUACCCAGAAGAUAAACCUCUAUGACAGUUUUGAAGCAUCCAAGAAGGCCUGUGAUCAGCUGUCUC